AUUUAUUACUGCAUACUAUUGAUCACUGACAUCUCUGAUAUCACGUGCACCAAGACACGGCAUUUAAGAUUUGUUGCGACUCGAUGUUGCAGCAGCGGUAGAAAUCUUUGGUUAUCGCGAAAAAUGGUUGUCGCCAAAACGAGAAAUGGAAUUACUAGAAUUACAAAUUGUUCAGCAAAACCGUAUCAGUCGUGAAAAAAUCAAUGUAUUUACUGAAAUAAUUCUUAAGAAUAAGUUACAUUUUGGAGUAAAUAAACAUGUUAUCUUCCUGGACAGUCUUAGCUACGGCAACAGUGUGGACAGCUCUAUAUCACGGAAUAAGAUAUCAGUUUAAAUUGGACCCUGAAUGGUCAUGUAGGUUACUAACAGCGUUCCAUGCUACGCUUGUGACAGUGCUUGCCGUUCUGGCAUGCUUCCUUGGACCGUGGCCCUUCACGGACCCUGGUGGUCCCAACACAACUUUACAAUGCGUUGUGCUUGUUACAAGUCUUGGCUAUUUUAUAUUUGACUUCAUAUGGUGCCUUUAUCAUCAGACAGAAGGUGCUACCAUGCUUAUUCAUCAUGCAGUAAGCAUCAUUGCAAUUAGCCGAGUACUAAUGAAAGGUGUGUCUGGCACUGAAGCUGUGGCGGGGGUUGGUGGAUUGGAAAUUACUAAUCCUUUGCUUCAGGCAAGAUGGUUUCUUCGUUCUUCUGGUUACAAAGGUACUGUUGUGUUUUACUUAACAGAAAUUACCUUCAUGCUGACGUUUUUUGCUAUGAGAAUAAUUCUUGGAAGUUAUCUCUUCUUUGCUGUUGUCUCACAUCCACAGCCAGAUUUCGAAAGUAAAGUGUAUUGCACAGCAUUUUAUGUGCUGUCAUGGGUAUUUAUGAUAUACAUUUUACAAUACUUCAGAAUGAAGUAUGUAAUAAAGUCAAAAUAAGAAAUAUGGGGGGGCUAUUAUGUGAUGUGACAGUAAACCGUUUUUAUUUAUUUGCCAUUUAUAGUAAUGAUUCUUACAGUUGUCUUUCAGUCUGAACACAAGCAAAGAGUGAGGUGAUUAACAUUCAACUUUCAAUACAGUGAAUGCAAAGCAGGGAAAUUAUCGAAAUAGGCUUGUGCUCUCUUAACGUGCUGUGUUAUGCCAUUUAUAGACAGUUUCCUUUAAUUGUCUCACUUUCUUAACGGAAAAAUAGUGUGACAAAACUUCCUUUCCCUUGUGAUUGCAUCUUAGCAUAUAGUAAGGUGCUUUUUAGUAGCACACUGUUUGUUCUUUAAAUAUUUCGUAGUAGAGUUUUUACUAUCUGCUUCAAGUGCUCAGGUUUUCAUGUUUCUACUGAGUAUGUGGUGAGAGGGGAAAAGGGAAGGAGGGUAUGGUUGACGAUCUUAUAAAAACAAGAUAUGUGUAAACAUAGAGAAAUGCUUCAAUGAAAUCCGAUUUAAAUGCAUACUAUCAAACCUAUGGGUACUACUUAUAAAUUCACAACUGGUUGGUUUAAAGUAAAGCAGUCCUCGAGACUGGCUUUAGUAAACAUGUACUUACUUAAUUUUAACAUAUGGCUGUGUUGUAAUUUUUCUGUUGCAUAACUUUCUUCUGUGUAAAACUGUGUUCCUGGUGUGGUAUUUAUCAACAUCACUGCACAAAAUUAUUUAACAUGUGUGUGUGUAUAUAUAUAUACAUUUUUUUUACAACUUGUGUAUUAAACAUGGAAAUUAUUUAUUACAAUUUUGAUAUGUUAUGUAUAUAUUUUU